GACUGCAUGUGUCAGCUGGCCUUUUUUUUUUCCCCCAUCCAAAUCAUUGGAGGGGUUAUGUUGUUUUUUGAAACUGUGUAGACCAUAUUUUCAUACGCGAACGCUGGCAGUUAACCGUCGGAAUCAAUAACCCUGAGCGGAAUACGUUCCUAUUAGAUAGUCCGUCCACUCAGAGUAAACCCAACCGAAAGACAGUUAAAAUGGGAAAGAAGAGGGCGAAGGACAAGAGCUCCAGAGAGGACGAGGAUUUUGACCUGAUGGGUAAAUACCUCUUUAUGUUCACUCUAUGGUCCAUCCUGUAGGCAUAUUAAAAAGGGAGCAGACCAAACCCUUCUAAAGAAACUGAACGGGACUUCUGAUUGGACUAGUUGCCAGGAUUGUAAGCCUGAAGAAAACAAAGAGAACGACAGCACUGCCCUGCCACGGGACUCUGAAGAGGGAAAGGAAACCGUCGCCAUAUGGAUGUGCUUGAAAUGUGGCCACAGACCAUCUCUUCGACCAGGGAUGUGGACGACACUCGGAGAACCAGCACGCCAUCAAACAUUAUGAGACUCCCCGGUCAGAUCCACAUUGCCUGGUGGUCAGCAUGGACAACUGGAGUGUGUGGUGUUAUAUAUGUGAUGAUGAAGUCCAGUACUCCAAAACUGGACAUAUGGCUCAGCUGGUGACCAACCUAAAAAAGCAAACCUCUGCAGAUCCGCAGAAAAUAGUGAAAGAGGAGGACAUAGUGUUGGAAGUUGCGCAGGAGACGGAAACUGUCUCGACAGAGGAAAGUGAGGACAAGGAAAACAAAGAAAACAAGCAACAUCAAAAGAAAAACACCAAGAACGAGAGCAACGGGAAGAAGUCCAGCACAACUGAAGACAAAGUUGGUGUUCCAGUGAAGGGGCUGAGCAACCUGGGAAACACAUGUUUCUUUAAUGCAGUCAUUCAGAAUCUCUCUCAAACACAGCUCUUAAGACAGACUCUCAACAAAGUGACAGAAGAGAAAAUUAGUGUUGACAUUGAACCUGCUGCCUCCUCAGAACUGGAGCCUGUCGCAGUGCAGUUGGAUCAGCCCGGAUCCCUGACUGUGGCUAUGUGUCAACUACUCAAUGAAAUCCAGGAAUCCAAGAAGGGUGUGGUAACCCCGCGGGAGUUGUUUACACAAGUUUGUAAAAAGGCUGCCAGGUUCAAAGGAUUUCAGCAGCAAGAUAGCCAGGAGCUGCUUCGCUACCUUUUGGAUGGGAUGCGAGCUGAGGAAAUCAAAAGAGUAAGCUCAGGGAUCAUGGAGGCAUUGAAACAAUCUCGGAAAAGCACAGAUGGCGAGCAGCUGAAAACCUUAGUUAAGGAGUACGAGAAAAAUGGGCUAACAAAAAACUUUGUGGACCACGUUUUUGGUGGGGAAAUGACAAGCACUAUAAUGUGUCAGCAGUGUAAAACUGUUUCUGUAGUCACAGAAAUGUUUUUGGAUCUUUCUCUGCCUGUUUCUGAUGAGGCUUAUAGAAAGAAGAACCAAAAAAAAGUAGUUCAGAAGACCAGUGAGUCGAGCCAGGAUGGCAGAAACAGCCCUGCUCUGACCAACGGAGAGGAUGACGAUACCAGCGGGUCUGGGAGCAAGUACCAGCAGAAGAAAGCCAAGAAGCAGGCAAAGAAGCAGGCAAAGCAUCAAAAGAGGCAGCAGAAGUUUGAUGGUAGAUUCACCUUGGACAGUAUCGCGUCUCCCAGCCAUGCAGAGGAGGAACAAACUGAUCCUGCUGCAGAUGCAAAUGAAGGGGAACAUGUUGACAGUGAGAUGCAUGAAGAAGCCCCACUGAGUGAUGGAAACCCCGUUGAGCCAGGUGGACAAACCCCUGACACAGUCCAGCCUGCGAGAGAAAAAGAAGAGGGAGAGGAUUCAGAAACGGAUUGCGACUCAUCAGCUACUUCAUCGGUCAGCAACCGUUUUACUGUCUUAUCAAAGGAGCCGAACUCAAAGGAUAGCGUCUUAGACGAUGAAGACAUAUCUGACCUGGCACAGGAAGCAGAGGAAGAUGCACAGCUGGUGGGCGAAAUGGAAAAAGUAACCCUGGAUGAUGCCUUCAUAGAGGACUCCGAUGCUCCGGAACAAGGCCCUGAGACUGAAGAUGAGCCCCUGGAGAUUAAAGAGUACACUGUGGUCAAUCAGGACCCAGAGCUGGCCUUCCACACACUGGCUACCAGAGCGGCCCCCGAGAAACAGGAGUGUUCUGUGCAGUCAUGCCUGUUCCAGUUCACAGAAGUGGAAACCCUCACGCAGAACAACAGCUUGCUGUGUGUCACCUGCACGAAACGGCAGGGGAACAAAGACAAGGCUGGAGGAUCCAAGAAGAAUGUCUACACUGAUGCCUUGAAGCAAAUGCUGAUUUCCUCUCCCCCACCAGUGCUUACCCUUCACUUGAAGAGAUUUCAACAGAAUGGAUACAGUAUUUGUAAGGUGAACAGACAUGUCCAGUUUCCCCUAAUACUGGAUCUAGCUCCGUUUUGUGUGGUGAAAUGCAAGAACAUGUCAGAAGGAGAUGCUCAGAUUUUGUACAGUCUGUAUGGUAUCGUAGAGCACAGUGGAACAAUGAGGUCCGGUCAUUACACAGCCUAUGUGAAAGCACGGCCUGACUGCCCAAAACCCAUGUCCAACGGACUUGCAGCAGGAGGAGAUGCAGAGCCGCCCAAAGGAUCCUGGUUCCAUGUCAGCGACACAAGCGUUCAACCCGUGAGCGAGAACAAAGUCCAGAGUUGCCAAGCCUACCUCCUCUUCUAUGAAAGGAUCCUCUAAUCAAACUGUGCCUCAUUACUCAGGAAAAUCCAAACAAGCCAACCUGCUGCUGCUGCUUCAGCUGCCACAGUUGACCGACCUCGCCUGUUUUGUCAGGGACUCAAAUUGAGCUGUGAUGAAAUUAAACUGAAUAAACAGAAGAGACAUUUAA